AUGCGCGUCGUCAUUUAUGCUGCCAUCCUUGGAGGUGCUGUAGGUUUCUCGAAUACGAUCUCAGAGGAUACUCUGCCGACGGGCAACUACUGCGAGGAGAUGUGCACCCAGACUGCUCGCUGUGAUCAAUCAUACUGCAAGGAUAACGGUCUAUGCUUCGGCCUCUACCACAAGGGAGAGUCCAAAUGUUAUCAGCCCGGUGGUGAAGCUACCGAUUGUGACGACUCCGCAUUGGAGCCGGUCCAGUGUGCUGAAUAUCCUGUUACUACUUGUGAUGAUGUUUGUAGAAGCAUCGAAGGUUGCAAGGAAUCGAAGUGGGGUACUUAUUGCAAGACUUGGCAAGGUCCUCCAGUCUGUUUUGGUAUCAUCGUCAAGGAGGAUGGUAGCCUCUGCUUCAACCCUAUUGAUGAGGAAUGCGCCGGGGAGCCUUAUCCGUGUGAGAUUGCCCCGAUCGAGUCCACUACUGUUCUUGAGACUACGGUUGAUACCACUGUUAUCCCUGAGACCACGAUUGAGCCUACUGAUGUCCCUGAGACCACAGCUGAGCCCGUGGAUUAUCCAACCAACGAAGAUCUAGCUGGAGACUGGUGUGGUGAGACUCCUCUCGGCCCGAUUAAAGUCACUCCCGAGGUCUCGGGUGCGGUUACUCUAUUCGUUGGUGGUCAGACGUUCACUGCCGAAUACUAUUUGGAUGGCUAUGAAAUUGUGUUUACUAAUCCGGAUGAGGCUUUAGCAGCGUUGCUUGACGAGUUGGAUUCGAGCUUAUAUGCUCUCUACACCGAGGAAGGUGUCUACGUUGAGCUGGUCAAUGUUUUCACCACAACUAUAACGAGAUGCUAA